UCAUCCUGCUGUCAAACGUCAGAAAAAGAAAAGUCGUGCUGAUAACAAAAUAAACACUAUUAUCUUUUCUUUCAAAGAUUUUGAAGGUGAAUAUUGUUAAUUGUUAUUGUUCAUGGAUUUUUUCUGAUAAGACAACUUUAUAAUAAUGUGCCCACUAGCAUAUUAAACAGAUAAAAACCUAAAAAUAGAUCUAUCUGUCUCAAAAAUCGAGACAACUGUACGUAACUGUGAUCGGACGAGGUUAAAAUGUUAAUAACAGUGAGAAAAAUAAUUUCACCUCUAUCUUAUUUAAGUAAAACCAUUUACCGGACUCUCUCUACAUCUGUAGUCGCUAAGGAAGAACAAAUUAAAAUCAAGGAUAGUGUUAUCAACUAUGUAAAAGUUGGUAAUGGAGCUCAUCAUGCCUUAUUCUUGCCGGGAGCUCUUGGGACAAUAUGGACAGAGGGUAAACCUCAAAUAGAGGGAUUCAACCGAGAUAAAUUCACACUUGUGGUUUGGGAUCCACCAGGCUAUGGCAAGAGUAGACCACCUGAAAAAACAUUUAGUACUGAUUUCUACGAAAGGGACGCAGAUGCAGCUUUCGAAUUUAUGAAGGCUUUGAAAAUUCCGAAAUACUCCCUAUUGGGAUUCAGUGAUGGUGGAGUCACCAGUUUGAUCCAUGCUGCUAAGUACCCAGAUGCAGUCAAUAAGCUAGUGGUCUGGGGUGCCAAUUCUUUUGUGUUACCUAAUGAAGUGGAAAUGUACAAGAAAAUUAGAGACAUCAAUUCCUGGUCAAAAAGGAUGAGAGAGCCUUUAGUUGAAAUAUAUGGAGAACGAUUAUUUGCCAAAUACUGGGCUGAAUGGGUUGAUGGAAUGGAAGCUCUAUACAAAACUAAGGAUGGCAAUAUCUGUGCUGAAAUGUUAAAAAAUAUAAAAUGCCCCACAUUUAUACUCUAUGGUCAAAAGGACCCCCUAGUGGACAGUGUGCAUGCUUCUCACUUGCAUACUCACAUUGAUGGCUCAAGGAUACAUCUGUACCCUGAAGGGAAACAUCAUGUUCACCUGAAGUAUGCUGAAGACUUCAACCAAAGAGUGCAAGAGUUUUUAUUAAAACCAUAAUAAAAAUGAAGAAAUAAUGAGAUCAUCAACUGAUACUCACCUAUACCAUUUAAUUAUUUGUAAUUAUGUAUAUGGUUAUGGAUUGGAAAGAAAAAAUAACAAAAAUUCCCAUAUUUUAUUUUCAUUCACUUAUAAGCAUGAUUCAUUUCAGAAUAAAACAAUUUACAUUCAA